AAAUAACGCUGGGCUAGCAUGGGAAUGUGGGUCACCACUGGCAGAACUGUUGAAGGAAGAAGGAGCUGCUUGUGCUGUGCUGGGAAGAAAACGUAUUGUUACUGAGGGAUGUUUGUUGGGGGGAGACUUAACUGCAGUAACUGCUCCAACUUAACUCAUCAAGCACAGCCGUGAGAGGAUAGGACAAACCAUCAAGGCCUCCGGCUCCAGGAUCUGCUCAUAUGCUGAACGAGUUGCUUUUUUAAUGGAUCGUUCCCGGAGCCAGGACAAAAGCACCCAGCUUCCAACACCAACUGAUAACAUCAACCUUGGACCUUCUGCUAACCCAAAUGCCAAGCCAACAGACUUUGACUUCCUGAAGGUUAUUGGCAAAGGAAGUUUUGGAAAAGUUCUUCUGGCCAAACGCAAGUGUGAUGGGACUUUUUAUGCAGUGAAAGUCUUGCAUAAGAAAACCAUCCUGAAGAAAAAGGAGCAAAACCACAUCAUGGCAGAACGCAAUGUGCUCCUGAAGAAUGUCAAGCAUCCCUUCCUUGUGGGACUCCAUUACUCCUUCCAGACCUCAGAGAAGCUUUACUUUGUGCUUGACUAUGUAAAUGGAGGAGAGCUCUUCUUCCACUUGCAAAGGGAGCGCUGUUUCCGUGAACCCCGGGCCCGAUUCUAUGCUGCAGAAGUUGCUAGUGCAAUUGGGUACCUGCAUUCCUUAAACAUCAUUUACAGGGACUUAAAGCCUGAGAACAUUCUCCUGGAUUGCCAGGGACACAUAGUUUUGACAGACUUUGGACUCUGCAAAGAAGGAAUGGAGCAAGAGGAGACAACUUCUACUUUUUGUGGAACUCCUGAGUACCUGGCACCUGAGGUGCUAAAGAAGCAGCCAUAUGACAGGACAGUAGACUGGUGGUGCCUGGGAGCUGUCCUCUAUGAGAUGCUGUUUGGACUGCCUCCUUUUUACAGCCGAGAUGUGUCUCAGAUGUAUGACAACAUUCUGCACAAGCCACUCCAGAUCCAAGGAAGCAAGACUGUGGCAGCUUGUGACAUACUCCAAGGACUUCUCCACAAGGAUGAGAAGAGGAGGCUGGGUGCCAAGACAGACUUUCUUGAGAUAAAGAACCAUGUAUUCUUCAGCCCAAUAAACUGGGAUGACUUGUACCACAAGAGGAUUACUCCUCCGUUUAACCCCAAUGUGGCCGGUCCAGCUGAUCUGCGUCACUUUGAUCCAGAGUUCACCCAAGAAGCGAUCUCCACUUCCAUCACCCACACGCCUGACCCAGCAGCCAGCAGCUCCAGUGCCUCAGAUGCAUUUUUAGGAUUUUCUUAUGCACCAACUGAAGAUGGCAUCUAGGUUUUAUAAAGGCUUUGAGAAGCCAGAUUUUAACUGAAUAGGGUUUAUGUUCAUGGGUGGUUUUUGGUUGGUUUGGUUUUUGUUUUUUUUAAAAGUAUUGGUACUGUCCUUUUGCUCAUGGUUUAAGGAAAUUGGGACUAAUACACUAACUGGCUGGAACAGAGCUCUUUACUUUUGCUUUUUGGUGGAUUUCCUUCUAAAUGACUGUUCCCCUGGCAAGGAAAGUGGGACACUGAUUAUUAUGUUUUUGCCCUGGCAGAAUUGUAUUCACUCUGUGGUUGUAUUUAUGGUUGAGGUAUGUACCAUCACUCGUAUCAACAGACAUGUCCCUGUAACUGGUCACUUUUUUGUUGAGGUGUCUCUGCUAGCUAUGUCCAACUGCUUUACCCCCCCAGUAGGCAGGGUGACUCUUCACACUACUGAGCAGUGGCUUCCUUUAAGUGGACUGGACCACUUAAGCCACCUGUCCUGGGCUGAGAAACUGUUUGUCAGUUAGUUAUUGCUCCAGAGGCAGCUGUGGGUCUGUAAAUCCUGACCUGUGCUGUGGCCUUCCAUGCCAGCCAGUCCCUCCCCAAGGUGAGUGGAUCAUCUCUCUCUGGUCCAGGAUUGGGUUGCUGCUGAAGCAACAAGGAGGCUGUUAUGGAGGAGCUGGUGUGUGGGAGGAAAAUCCCAGGUAAAAUAGAUGAAAAAGAGGCCAAGUUGCUUGGAAAAAUAAAAAUAACCCUAUGGCCAACUUGUGCUUGGGGAGGGGGAUCCUCUCACAGUUGUGCUUGCCUUGCCCAAGGCACACCAACACACUGCAAUGAGCAUGCUCUGGCACAGGGGAGCCCAGGCCAGGCUGAGCCCAGCUCGGUGCCCUGUGCUGGGGCCUGGGCCAGGCUGAGCCCAGCUCGGUGCCCUGUGCUGGGGCCUGGGCCAGGCUGAGCCCAGCUCCAGCAGUCCUCCAGGCUCUGGUGCUGGUCUGGGAAGUCCUGUUAUUGAUGUAGAACGAUUAUUUAUUCUGCCUUAAUUUAAAUGCUAGUGCACCCAGUGGAUGUCACUUCCCACUUUUUUUUAAAAGUUGUUUUAUUCUGUUUCUGGGGGGAGGAGAAAGGGGGCUAAAAGCUUCUAACUGCAACACUGGGGUAGAAGUGGUGUUAUGCUCAUGCUCUUGGGAAGCUUGUGCUGGAGCAAUUUUUUUAUUGUACUUUCUUGUACAUGCCGAAGUCAUCAGAACUAUGAGAAGGUUUAUAUUAAAGUGCAUA